UUUACUUUCUCUAACAGAUCAAUGCUAAGGUACCAUCGUCUUGCUAUGUGCUGUCGCAUUGAUUACAACUGUACGCGAAGAAAUUUCGCGUACUAAACAUUGAAAUUGGAGUCAAGAAAAUUCAUAACUUCAACCUUUUUAUGCGAAAUUGAAGUUGACAACCUCCUUUUGCAAUCAUUCCAUGUCCUUCUCUUUAGUCUGAAAUGAACACAUGCUCUCAGAUGUAUUAAACAAAGCUGAAUAUUUUCUAUCCGUUUAUACAAUUCAAUAAACACAUAAAUGAAAGGGGACAGGUGAAAGGAUUGUCAUUCAUUUUAUGUGAAACACAACAGGCGUAUUUUCUUGGAUAUCUCAUUUGGAACGCAAUGAAUUUAUUUCAUUUUGUUUAACAACUGUAAGUAAAGAAUAAUUUCUGUGAUUUAUAACCUGAUUCUCUUUUCAGCACUCACAUUUCAUAUUACUAUAACUAAUCACAAAUAACGUCGAAUGUUCUUAAUCGAACUUUGACGUUUGAAAAAAUAGUUCGCUUUCUAAUCAUUUUUUUAUAAGCUUACAAACCCUUUUUGGAGUUGUGUUUGUGUUUGUUGAACGCCUGCAUAGCCCAUGCAAGAAACUCAUAGCAACCAAGGACAAUUGCCUUCAACAUCCCAAAGCACUGAAGAAUUUGAAAAUAACGCGUCAAGUCGCGUAAGCUUCAGCCCAAAGUCUGAUUUUGCUUUUCAAUUGAAGCCCACUCAACGUCAAAGACCAGUAAGCAGAAGAGCACUUCGAGCAUGCACGCGGUGUCAUGUAAGAAGAACGAAAUGUGAUGCUAAGCGACCAAGAUGCAGUAGCUGUCUAAAAGCUGGUAGUGAGUGCAUCAUGCCUGAUGGAUUUUUAAUGACCGAACAAGAUUCCUAUAAUUUAGCCUGCAGAGUCCAAUGGUUAGAAAAUAUUUUAUCAGAAGCGGGAAUUAAUGCUUCUGCUUUACCAACAGGUGCCUCUGUUACUAUUCCUACCCUGCCUUCGUCACCUUCUAACUCUGAGUGCGACGAAUCUGAACUGAUAUCAUCUUACUUACGUGAAAAAGACCUCACGAGCUACUUGCAUGCAUUGAUUUUAGACUUUCCUUUGCCGCUUUCUAUUGAUUUACAGAAUCAAAGCUUUCCUGAAAACUGUUUGCCUCAAAAUCACUACAUUGGACCGAGUUCAGGAAGUGUGAUUGCUGAUUGCCUCUCGCGUGAAGCGAAAAGGAGCGGCUUCACGGUAACAUCUUCUUUUUUUAACAAAGAAAGGCUGUUUAACCCUAUUUUGACAGAUAUAUCCUUCAGCGAAACUUUAUACUUGUUCCCUGACCGUGAUUCAAUACAUCUUAUAUUAAUAGCAGUGAUUCACCACUUCGUAUCAUUCCCAAUCAUAAACCUGAAAACAUUAGCUGAUUUAUUUAAUAAAGUUUAUGAGAAUGGAUCUGCAAACUCUGCAUACCAAUUAUACGAAGCAAAUAUGUGUUUAGCGAUUGGAUCUUCACUUUUAGGUAAGGAUUCCUUCGAAUAUUUUUGGAAGGCAAUUCAAUUCUUUUCAAAAUCACAAAGCCCUUAUAGUUUUGAAUAUAUGCGUGAGCUGCUUUACAUGGGAAUAUAUUCAUUGCUUGAGUCUAUUCCGGGAUUGGAAUCUUAUGGCAUCAUUAGGAAGGUUGGGACGAUUGCUAUUGCUCUUGGUCUUCAUCGCGAAGUUACAUAUAGGAAUUCUGAUAUUCCAAGUAGUCUUACGGAAUUAAUGAGGCGAUGUUUUUGGUCCUUUUACGCUUUAGAUAGAUUAUUAGCUUCCACUACAGGAAGACCUGUUGGUCUCAGUGACUCAAGCAUAGAUGUACAGAUGUUUUCUUCGAUUUCCGAUGUUGAGGAGAAUACGUCUUUCGCUGAAUUAAAUGCAAAUGGCUGGAAUCUCGAAUUAAGCGUGCAUGUUAUUCAUUUACGACGACUUACCUCUGAUAUCCUUAAUGAACUAUAUCAAGCAAAUGUUACUCCUAAAAAGGGUAUUCAACAACAGCUACAUACGAAAUUAGAUGAAUGGAAAUGCGAGUUAAAGCAGUAUGCUGAUGCUUCUCAUGGAAGUAUGAGGACAUAUUUAGAAUUGGAAUACCUAGAAAAUCUUAUGCUUAUAUACCGUCCUACCAUAGCGUCAACCCAGUCAGAAGUUUCAGCAUGUGUUAUUUGCUUGAGUUCCGCAUCUUCCUGGAUUAAAAAUGCCGGGAUUAUCCAUCAGCGCGGUAUCCCAUUAUUGAAGCCCAUCAUUAAAGGUAUUAUAAUAACGGCCUUCACUUUAGUUUGGGCUUAUUUUACUUGUAAAGAGAAGGGACUCUUUAUUUUUUCACAGUCGGCUGUAGUAUCUGACGUUGAUUGUGCCUGGAGAUCCCUUAGGUCAGUCGAAGAUAAAAAUUGGAAAGGUAUUUCUGGAGUUAUAGCCGUCUUAGAAAAUCUUCGAAAUUGGAUAAGUGGAAAGACGGAUUAUGAGGUACAUAUGAUAGAUGAUGCCAUGACUUUAGAGGAGUUUGACAUUGAUAACCACAUAAAUUUAUGGCUAAAGGAUUUCGCUGGCUUCAAAGGGCCAACCUAAAGCGAAUCAACGUCAUUCUAAUGGUAUUCACAUCCCCACAGGCUAUCACAGACAACCGUAUGCAAAUGAUAUGUAUCUCCAUAAACUUGAAGCGGUACUUUUCAAAGAAACAAGGCUGAAUGUACGAUGGUAGUAAGCUACCGAUAAAAGAACCUAGUACAGGAUCGCAAUACUGUCGUAUAAGGUGCUAUUUUUUUUUAUUACAAUCAUAUUAUAUGGAUAAUAAUUUAAAAAUACUUAUUGAAAAUUUAUUUCCUUAACUGUCCUAUUUGGCUUCUGGUGAUUUAUUCAGUAUAGAUGUGAAUUUCAGACUCAGUGGUAUGGAAUUCGCAAAUAAUAGCUCUGUUAAUUAAGGUAAAUUCUUAAUGAAGUCAAGACAGUUGAUGAGUUUAUCCCAAAGGAGCCUUGACAAAGUGCUUUAACGUCUUCUAAUACGUCUCACAUCCUCUAGUGUGAAAAAACCUUAUACUUUUAUAACAUCUAUGUCACCUUUACUAUCUAGAGUUUGUUAAGGCUGUGGUAGGUUUGAUUCAUAAACUAAAAAUUGUUUGGCCCUUUUUCCGGCGAUGGUUAAUAAUCGACGUUUCAAUCAGUCUUUGGUGAAGAAAGAGAAUAUACUUGCUUUCUUUGGUGAUUGAAUGAUUAAAAUGAGUUUAAUAUUUUCAAAGAAUUUUUGAAAAUAAUGAUAACGGUUUUUAUGAGCGGGUACCGUCUAUUUAUGCAAUCUUGCCUGUUUCAGAAAUAGUGCUACACGUACUUUGUUAUUUCAUGUUUUUAGUGAUUAGGACGGAUAUUUUUUAGAUUUCCUUUUAUAUACAUGCAUAUAUGCCGAGCGCUAUAACAAAAGGUCUAGCUGCUAAUGAUAUAGUCUUAGAAUCUGUAUCAAUAAAUCGAAUACUUCGCAAGCAAAGGCUGCAUGAUUUUUAUCAGUAAUGAAAGUCUAAUAACAACAAAUAUUAGCAAUAAAAAAAAACCGUGAUAUAAUUUAAU